UUUGGGGGUUGGGGGAGGAGAUGCUCCUCUACGCAUCAGCAUCCGUACACGGGUGGUGCAUUGUGGGAUGCGCACACCCUGCGGAGAUGGGGGGAUGUGCUUAGGGCGUUUUGGGGGUGUUUGAAGGGGAUGCAGACACUGGGGCGUGCGGGCAUAGAGCUGCACAAAGUGGGGAGCGUGCAGCUGGAAGUGCGGUGCGGGGGCGUGGAGCGCAUGCAUACAUCCGCGUCCCCUUCUCCCCCCCACCCACUCCCCUGCACUGGGCAUGCGUGCACCCUCAUCUGCAACCCUCCUUGCACACCUACGCUUCUGCAUGUCUGCACCCCCGGUACUUGUACGCUGCAUGUACGCAUGGGGUGCUGCAUGUCUGCGGGGGUGCAGGCAGGCACCAGUGAGUGCACCUGCACGGCAUGUGUGCACGCACCCCUUGCACACCUGCACUGUGCCCUGCGUGCAGCAUACUUUGUGCACUGUGCAUGCCUUCAUCCUGAAGUGCACAAGCAGGGGUGUACAUGCUCCCUGUGCACAUGUGGGUGGGAUGGCUUCCUGUGUGCACAGGCUGAGUGCUGCAGAUUGCCCAGUGCUGCACACGUGUGGGUGUGGAGGUGCAUGUGUGCACAGGGCAUGCAGACAUGCUGCACGUGUGCCCGGCAGUGCUCAAAGCCCCAGUCUGGGGGGGGGUUCUCCCCAAAGCUGCAGCGUUUCUGCUCUCCUCUCCAGGGGAAGGGAGCCAGGUGCUGGGUGAGGGGACUGGGGUAGCGGCACCUCUACUGGGCUAGUACUGCCUUACUACUAUCUUAAUACUUGCUUCUAUGAGGCUACUGCUAAGAUAUUGCCAGGAUGCUCUCAGUAACUUCGUGAGGGAGUAGUGAGAUGCUAUCAAGACACAGCUGAGAUACUCUAAGGAUACUACUGGGAUACUACUAAGAUUCUCAAAGGAAUUUACUGAACUGCUGUUUGCAGACAGCACUGAAGGCACACUGAGAAUGGCACUGAGAUACUUUCAGGAUAUUAUAUGGAUGCUACUGGGAUACUGCUAGAACAUUCCUAAGGUACUACAAGAGCAGUACCAGGAUGCCACCAGGACUCUGCUAAGACACUUCCAGUGUCUCUUCCCAGAGUUGAUACUGAGAUACUGUUCUGAAGGUACCUCUGGAGCAGUGCUAACACACCAGCAGGGUACUCUCAGGAUGCUACAACAGAAACAGUGAAGUUGCUUUCAGCAUAGUAACAUGGUGCUAAGAUUAUACCUGGAUAUUACAUUGCAGUACCAAGAUACUAUCAGAACACUACUAAGCUAAGGCAGCACGUUGGCAUUGAGGAGUAUGGAGGCACCCCUGGUGAGCCUGGAGGAGGAGUUCGAGGAUGGGCCUGGGGAUGAUGGGGAAACCCCACAGCGCACCACGGACCCAGCAUUGGCUGAGCUGGAGAGCUUUUCGGCUGAGAUGAUGAGCUUCAAGUCAAUGGAGGACCUGGUGCAGGAGUUUGAUGAGAAGCUCACUGUCUGCUUCCGCAACUAUGAUGCAGCCACCGAGGGCCUGGCUCCCGUGCGGGGGCAUCUCCAGGCACAGGAGGAAGAGGAGCGCCUCCAGGAUGAGGAGGUCUGGGAUGCUCUAACUGAUGGCUUCACCCCCCGGGGCUCCCCCCGACCCUGGCUGCUCCCUGGGGCUGAGGCCCCCAACGGCACCGACCCCCAGCUCUGCGAGAAGGAGGAGGAGGAGCUCACUGAGAGGAGUGAGCAGGACUCAGGCAUCAAUGAGGAGCCGCUACUGACAGCGGAACAGGUGCAGGUGGAGGACACAGAUGCCCUGCAGGUCAUUGAGGAGCUGGAGGAGCUGAUGCAGAGCUCACCCGACCCUGAGGCUGACCCCGAGGGUGAUGAGGAGGAGGAGACAGAGGCUGAUGCUGAGGGCGAAGGUGGGGGCACAGAGCCCAUGCUGCUGCAGGAGCUCUAUGCCUUCUCCCCUGCCUUGAACAACAACUGCUCCCAUGAAGGGCUGUCCCGCCUGUCCCCCCGGGAGCUGGUGCUGGCGGCGGGGCGUGCGGAGGCGGCCAGCCGGGCUCUGUCAGCGGAGCUGGUGGCCCAGUUGGCGCGGCGGGACGAGCUGGCCUUCGAGAAGGAGGUGAAGACGGCGUUCAUCGGGGCGCUGCUGGCCGUGCAGGGCGAGCAGCGGGAGCAGCGCGAGGCCGCCCGGCGUCGCCGCCGCGACCGCGGCCCCAGCACCCAGGGAGGGCGGCCCGAGCGCGGGGGGCAACUGCCACGCAAGCGCUUCAGCAUGGAGGGCAUCUCCAGCAUCCUGCACUCCGGCCUGCGCCAGACCUUUGGCCCCACCGCCAACGAGAAGCAGUACCUGAACACGGUGAUUCCCUAUGAGAAGAAAGGAUCACCACCCUCCGUGGAGGAUCUGCAGAUGCUCACCAACAUCCUGUUUGCCAUGAAGGAGGGGAAUGAGAAGGUGCCCACACUGCUCACUGAUUAUAUCCUCAAAGGCAUGCCCAUGCAUCAUUGUGCACCUUCAUGCAUCCCUAUAUGUGCUUAUAAAUCAUGCAUCCUCCUGCAUCCCCAUGAACAUUCAUCAUUGUGCAUCCCUGUAUGUACCUGCGUGCAUCGUUGUGCAUCUUCAUGCACACAAGUGCAUCAUCAUACAUCAUCCCUUGCUCUGCCCAACCUGAUGCGGUGCUGCCCUUGCACCCUCACCCCAAUGCUCCCCAAAAACGGGGCCAAACCCAAGGAAAAUGGAUCGCCCGUGGCCCCUCCACAGCCCUGCCCUGCACUUGUACCCCCCUUUGCACAGCUGGAAAAUAAAUAAUUCGUUUCAUUAAUUAA